AGCUCCAGUCUGAGCCGCAGAGCCAGUCCAGCUCCAGUGCCUGCUCUGAUCCAGCUGUCCGGGCUUUGGCUGCAUUGUACCCAACAGCCAUUUAGCCCCGCGGUGCUGUUUGUCUGUCUGUUGCCGUCUGUGCGACUGUUAAUAGGAAUAUCGCCGAUGUGGGAACUCUGGGAAUAUCGCACUCCUUCACGGAAUGCUUGGAAUUAGCUGUCUAGUCGGCCAGCGCGGGAAAGCGCCUGUGAAACGUCGCUGUUCGCCGCCGCUGUCCUCUUUUCUCCGGGAUGUGACCGUGUGAUGGCUGCGGUCCAGUGAACUGGGAGCACGUUGACUGGUCCGCCUGUUCGCCCAGCAGCUUUCGGAGCUCGUCCUGAUCAUUUUACCGGGAUUAGUCGGAACCUAUGGAAUGUACAUGAAUAUUGGUCGGACAGGAAUUCCAAUCGGGGAGGCGAUGUGGGGAGCCGGGAGGAGGCGUGGGGUCCAGCCCUGAGUGGGCGUCCUGUGGCUGGGAGGAGCGUGGCCCUCCUACGGCCCUCCUGUGGUGCUCCGGGACGCUCCUACUAAGAUGUCCCUCAGCAGCGGCCCUGCAGGCGGGAAAGGUGUGGACUCCAACGCGGUGGACACAUACGACAGUGGUGAUGAGUGGGAUAUUGGUGUUGGCAAUCUGAUCAUUGACCUGGACGCUGAUUUAGAGAAGGACAAGCUAGAGAUGUCAAGCAGCAAGGAAGGAGGGGGCAUGGCGGCCCCUCCCAGCGCAGUGGCGGCUUUACCUGACAAUAUAAAGUUCGUUAGUCCUGCAUCAGCCACGGCAGGCAAAGAGAGCAAAUCAAAAUCCAAGCGUAGUAAAAACUCUAAGGAGAGCGUGAAGACGCCCCUCUCAGACGGAGCUAAGAAAGAGGUUCAGGGUCGGGCCCCCGGGGAGCUGCCACCCCAGAACCCUAACUCUGCCCCAAGUAAGGGGACGGACAAGUUGAGUAAACCAUCCCGCAUCCUCCCCGCUGUGAAAAAGGACAAAGACGGGGUUUCUGGAAAAACUAAGAAGGAGAAAAUAGAGGCGGUGGCUGCGGGAGCGGUGAAUGCUGAGAAAGAGCCCGGGGUGCUGCCGUUAGGAGCGCCUCGGGGUGGCCCAUUUGAGGGCCAACAAGCCCCCGAGCUCACGUCAGCCGAGCAGCUCGGGAACAUGGCGUUGGACUCGGUGGGGAUCGGACAGGCUGUGGCCAUGACGACAGAGCAGGAGGAGGUGGAUGGUGGUGACUGCCGGAAUCUGAAGAAAGUGAUCGGUGGGGAAAAGAUGGAGUCUCCAGCCUCGACCCCAGCUCCUCCUCCUCUCCACCUCCUUGGCGCCAUCGCCAACAGCGGUGACAUCUCGUCUCCCUGUGAGCAGAUCAUGGUCCGCACGCGCUCAGUUGCUGUGAACACUGCUGACGCAGCACUGGCAACUGAACCGGAAUGCCUGGGACCCUGCGAGCCAGGAACCAGCGUCAACCUGGAAGGCAUCGUGUGGCAGGAGACGGAGGACGGAAUGCUGGUUGUGAACGUCACCUGGAGGAACAAGACUUAUGUUGGAACUCUGCUCGACUGCACGCGGCAUGACUGGGCCCCACCAAGGUUCUGUGAGUCUCCCACCAGCGAUGUGGAGAUGCGGAGUGGCCGCGGUCGGGGGAAGAGGAUGCGUCCCAGCAGCAACACGCCCUUGAAUGACAAUAGCAACUCCUCAGACAAUAAAGGCAGUGGCAGCAGCAAAACGCGUGGUGCUGCUGCAAACAGCAAAGGCCGGAGGGGCAGCCAGACGGCCGGCUGUGCCGAGGACGCCAAGGCCAGUCCGUCCUCCGCCAAGAGGAAGACUAAGCCUGCCUCAGAUAUGGAGCCGACCUCCAGCUCAGAGGACACCAAAGCGUCAAAGCGCAUGAGAACUAACUCAACAGGUGCCGGGACUCCUCUUCCAGGAGGUAAAACUGACCCCCUGCCACCGCCACAGCUGGAUCGGACCUGCCCCUCCCCUGUCCUCAUUGACUGCCCUCAUCCAAACUGCAACAAGAAGUACAAGCAUAUCAAUGGACUGAAAUACCACCAGGCCCGCGCUCAUAAUGACCACGAUGUCCGACUGGACCAGGAUGGAGACAGCGAGUAUGGGGAUGACCCCACCCUCCAUCCUGACCCAGCCUCCUGCAACGGCGCUGCCAUCUCACCUGCCCGCUCCACUACGCCGAAAGGUCGGGGGUUUGAUGCCCCCUCCCCCUCAUCAGGCAAGCUGACGUCAAAGGGGAAGAAGAAGACGGGUGAGGCUGAGCCUGAGGUGACUGAUGGUGGCGAGGAGGGGGGAUGUUUGACUGACGAGGCCAGCAAUGAUGGGAUGGAUGACAGGAAGGCCAAGAAAAUGGCGACCGGAGGCAAACCUGAUAAACUGGCACAGAAAGGCUUGAAGCCAACCCGCCCCACGGGCGCCCCUGGAGUUCCCUCGCCAUACUCCCUGCAGGCGUCUUCCCCUGCUCUGGGUUCAGUGGUACAGACCGUACCCAAAAGCCCCCAGCUAAAGAACGUCCAGCCUAAACCCCCGCCACUCACGGACCCUGCCUCCAGCCCUGCCCAUUCCAAGGACAAAAAAAAGAAAGACAAGAAGAAGAGGGACAGCGUGAAGGAGGGGGACAGCCCAAAGGCGAUGGGUAAGGCAGGAAGGCUGGAGGAGGGGAAGAGCCCAUACUCUGAGGUGUCGGAUACUUUGCUCAAUGGCUCCACAGAAGCUCAACAGAGCCGGCUCGCCAGCAUCAAAGCCGAGGCCGACAAGGUGUACAGCUUCUCCGACAACGCACCCAGCCCGUCCAUUGGCGUGGCCAGCAGGAUGGAGACUGGCCUGGCGCCCCCCCUCCACCUCAACCAGAACGGAGCCGACAAUACAUCAGUCAAGACUGGCAGCCCCGCCUACUCUGACAUUUCUGAUGCAGGGGAGGAUGGCGAGGGAAAGGCAGAGGGAGUGAAGGUCAAGUCGGAACCUGACCAGGGAACUCGUGAGGGUGCCAAGAAGACGCUCUUUCCCCCUCAGGCACCCAGUAAGGACUCACCAUACUACCCCAGCUACGACUCCUACUACUCCCCCAACUACCCUAACCCCAGCCCAGGAGCAGCACCGGCAGCACCGUCUCAUGGAGAGGCAACGCAGGUGAAGGUAAAGAAAGAGGAGGAGCUUGAGGUGGGAGAGGAGGGAAAACUAAAGGCAGAGCCUCUGGAAGAGAGGAAGGUGGAGCCAGGGCCUCAGCAGCCGUCAGUCAUCCAGCAACGCUCCAACAUGUACACCCAGCAGCUGUACUACAAUCAAUACUACGUUCCUCCCUACUCCUACUCCCCUGAGCAGGCCUACCAUGCUCACCUGUUGGCCUCUAACCCCGCCUACCGCCAGCAGUAUGAAGAGCGGCAGCGGCAGGCCGAUAAGAAGGUGGAGGGCAAAGAGCGUGAGGCUUCUGUGAAAGAAGAGUGGAAGCAGAAAGUGUCGGUACCACCCACUCUGUCUAGAGCGCCCAGCCUCACUGACCUGGGCGCGAAGGGAGGGAUUAACCCAGCAAAACCCAAAGAGCCUGCGGCCUCUUCGGAACAGGCCAAGUCGGUCAUCAUGGUGAAGGGAGAGGAGCCUAAGGCCCCAGUCGCCCAGCCGGAGGGUCUGAAAAUCAAGCUGAGUGAAGGAGGGCAUCAUGGGAAAGAGGAGUUGAAGUCAGGGGUGGAAUCAGGUCGACCGGCAGGUGUGGAGCCUGCCAUGUGGUACAGACAGGAGCCAGACUCACGCUUGUGGCCGUACGUCUACCCCAGCAAAUUCUCGGAGGCUCCUAAACCCCAGGAGGAUGACAGGUGGAAGGAGGAGCGGGACAGGAAGGGGAAGGAAGACAGGCCGCGGAACAAGGAGGGCCUCCAGAAAGACGAGGCAGUGAAGGAGGCAGUGGAGGGCAGGACGCAGCUGCCCCCGGAGGACCUCCGAGGGGGUGGGAAGGAGGCACGCCCGCCUCAUAUGCAGUUCCCCUCGCCGCUGGCCCAGCAUCAGGGCUAUAUGCCCUACAUGCACGGGCCAUACGCCUACAGCCAGGGCUACGAGUCAAGCCACCCUGGCUACAGAGGCAUGCCCUCAGUCAUGAUGCAGAACUACCCAGGCUCGUACCUGCCGGCCAGUUACUACGCCUCCUCGUACGGAGGGAAGGUGGGGGCAGGCGAGGAUGGUGAGAAACCCUCCAGGUCCAGUCCGUCGGUGAAGUCAUCCAGCGAGGCCAAAGCUCUGGACCUGCUGCAGCAGCACGCCAGCCAGUACAAAAGCAAAUCGCCAUCUAUCCAAGACAGCAAGACGCCACAUGACCGCGAGAGAGAGAGGGAGGGCGACCGGCCGCGCUCCUCGCCCUCGCAGCGCAUCCUGCCUUCCCAUCAUCACCUUGGAUACCCUCUGUAUGACCUGUCCUACCCCUCAGGCCUGUCCUCCUCAGCCAUCGUCGCCAGUCAGCAAGCGUCCGCCCCGUCCAUGUACCCCCCCGCACGGAGGUGAGAACGGUACACCUGAUUGGCCGACCUCCACGCCUCUCCGAGUCAUGUGACUGGAUCAGAUGAAGAAGCGUUUCUGUUUCCGUAACAUCAGCUCAAUGGUGUUGUGUGUGUGUGUGUUUGAUGUCUCUGCCUGGACGCCCAACUGGCCGCUCCGCCCCUCGCCAAACUGGUGAAUGUUCUUGCCAGUCCCACCGGGUCCAGACAGUGCCAUUGGGCAGCGAGGUUUGGCCUCACAGAUGCUGCUGGGACGAAGGAGGGAGGAGCUAACAGUCCCAGGCCUGCAGUGAGGGCUGCGCCGUCACUUCUGUGUCAUUUAAUGACCCUCGGUUUGGGUUCUUUUUACCUCCUGCUGUGACCUCUGACCUCUUUGAGAAGGAGCGGCUCAGGUCCAGAUGUCAUCACACCUUCACCUGGAUGUAUCUCAGCCUCACGGAAAAUAAAGAGAACACUGUGGAUGGAGGAGGGCCGGCCAAUCAGAGAGCAGCACGCAGACUGCUUCCUCAGGCUGACUGAGUGACAGGCUGCUCCUCCUCAGUGUGUAGCUGUAAUGUACUCUGUGUGUGUGUGUGUGUGUGUGUGUGUGUGUGUGUGUGUGUGUGUGUGUGUGUGUGUGUGUGUGUGUGUGUGUGUGUGUGUGUGUGUGUGUGUAAAUACUGUACAGAGGAAUUAUUUUAAAGAGACUGUUGGAUGAUGUUGGAUUUCCUACUCUUCUUUUUGUCUGGUAGCCUCUGCCUCUGUUUUUCUACUGUUGUUGAUCUGAUAUUAAACCUGUAGCUGGUGGAGCGGCGCUCAA